AUGCACAUUUGCGUGGUAUUGCUUCCGUUGCUGGGCUCUUUGGAGGAGCUUUUAGAGAAGCCAGGAUUCGCGAUGUGUGUAGGAUGUGGAAGUCAGAUCCAUGACCAGUACAUACUGAGAGUCUCACCCGACCUGGAGUGGCACGCAGCCUGCCUGAAGUGCGCGGAGUGCAGCCAGUACCUGGAUGAGACCUGCACUUGUUUCGUUCGGGACGGCAAAACCUAUUGCAAAAGAGAUUAUGUAAGGCUGUUUGGAAUAAAAUGCGCAAAAUGCAACCUGGGCUUCAGCAGCAGCGACCUGGUGAUGAGGGCUCGGGAUAACGUCUACCACAUCGAGUGCUUCCGCUGCUCGGUGUGCAGCAGGCAGCUGCUGCCGGGGGACGAGUUCUCCCUGCGGGAAGAGGAGCUGCUGUGCCGGGCGGACCACAGCCUGCUGCUGGAGAGGGGCUCCGCGGGGAGCCCGGUCAGCCCCGGACACAUCCACUCCAGCAGACCGCUGCACCUGGCAGACCCGGUGUCCGUGCGGCAGGCCCCGCACCGGAACCACGUCCACAAGCAGUCGGAGAAGACGACGCGGGUGCGCACGGUGCUGAACGAGAAGCAGCUGCACACGCUGCGGACCUGCUACAACGCCAACCCGCGGCCGGACGCGCUCAUGAAGGAGCAGCUGGUGGAGAUGACCGGCCUCAGCCCCCGGGUCAUCCGCGUCUGGUUCCAGAACAAGCGCUGCAAGGACAAGAAGAAGUCCAUCCUCAUGAAGCAGCUCCAGCAGCAGCAGCACAGUGAUAAGACUGUAAGCAUCUUCAACCUCCAAGGCCUCACAGGAACGCCUCUUGUUGCCGGAAGUCCCAUCCGGCACGAGAGCACCGUGCAGGGGAACCCGGUGGAGGUGCAGACAUACCAGCCUCCGUGGAAAGCCCUGAGUGAAUUCGCGCUGCAGAGUGACCUGGACCAGCCAGCUUUUCAACAACUGGUGUCUUUCUCUGAAUCGGGCUCUCUCGGAAACUCCUCGGGCAGCGACGUAACCUCGCUGUCCUCGCAGCUCCCGGACACUCCGAACAGUAUGGUGCCCAGUCCGGUGGAGACGUGA